AUAAACUACCGGAUGUAACAUGGCGGUGCUGAACUUUGACCGGUAAAGUUUAUGGGUUGUUUUUUUACUCAAAUUUCGUAGACGAAGAGUAGGAGUGGCUGCAUGACAAACUGUCCCACUAAGGAGCUGCUGGCCGAGCUGCGAGACAUGACGAUGGGGAGCACGCUGGCCAAAUGUGCCGCCGCCGACCUCGCCAUCCAGUGGGUCGGCUGGGCGACGGCGGCUGCGCUCAAAACCGAGAAGUUCUACGACUUGGCAGGAUCAGGCACUUUUAUACUGCUGGCCCACUUGAGUCGUAUCUGGGGAGGAGGCGGUCACCUUCGGCAGAAUGUUCAGACGGGCCUGGUGACGGCGUGGGGGCUCAGGCUGGGCACAUUCCUCUUCACGCGCAUCUUGAAGGACGGCCACGAUCGAAGGUUUGACAAUGUCAGAGACAGCCCGGGGACCUUCCUCGUGUACUGGACUAUUCAAGCCCUGUGGGUGUUCAUGACGCUGCUGCCCACCCUCAUGCUAAACAGUGAGAAGCGCGACGCCCCACUAGGACCUAAGGACUACAUAGGCUGGACCCUAUGGGGUCUGGGCUUUGCUACUGAGGCCAUCGCCGACCAGCAGAAGUGGGUCUUCAAGCGCGACCCGGAUAACGUGGGUCGGUUCAUCCAGAGCGGACUGUGGGCUUACAGCAGACACCCCAACUACUUCGGGGAGAUCCUGCAGUGGUGCGGUCUGUGGCUCUCGGCCUCCUCGGUCAUGCGGGGUCCCCAGUACCUGAGCGUGGCCUCGCCCGUCUUCGUCUGGUUCCUGCUGAGACACGUCAGCGGUAUUCCCAUCCUGGAGAAGCAGGCCAUGAAGAAGUGGGGGUCUGACCCGGCCUUCCAGAACUACCUCAGGAACACUCCUCUGCUGUGGCCUUGGCCCAAAUUCUGACUCGCUCUUAUUGACACAAAAGAUAUUUAGCACAGGACUUUUUCUGUAAGAACUGGACACGUUUGUAACAAUAAAAAUGGCAACAUCACCUCAUUAAAAAGGGGUAUGAAA